GGCAGGAACUGAGUACGUCCAAGUUUUAUCACUAAACAUGCUUGUUAUAACAGAAUUUCUUACCAAACUGCUGAUAUAGAAUAACUUUAGAAGAAAAAUCAUGUCCUCCACACUUUCAUUCAUAACUACAGGAGCUUCCACAAGGGGAAUCACUUCAGCAGGGUUCUUUAGUCCACCUCUUCAAAGCAGGAAUCAAGAUAAAUUUGUUUCGCCUAGCUUAAGGCGAGAUUUUGGUAUCAGGUCUCCGAUUAGGUCAAUGCAAAAGAACACUUUCAGUGAGAGUAGAGAAGGCACACCUAGCAUGCAUCCAAAAUAAGGUUUACUUUAUGAAAAGAGUGCUUCAGAAGAGACGGAAUGAAAUUGAGCAAAUUCGGAAAGCUAUCACCUCAAAUAUAUAAAGUCCCUCGAUGCUGGCCUAAUUGAGAAAUUUUACAAAUAAGGCAAGGAUAGGAAACAUACGAAGGAGGAUCCUGGUUGAUAAAAAUAACAACGCUGCCUCAAAAAUCCAGAAGUUUUAUAAAAGAAGAUUCUUCCUCAAUAAACUCACAAUAAAAGCUAAGAAAUCAGUAGCUAGCAAACGCAUAAAGGAAGGAAGAGCAUCAAAUGCUGUUGCUGCUUUAACUAACCUUCACUCAAAGUUCUUUCUAGACAAGGAAAAAUAAGGUUGCCUUGAUUCAGAGGUAUAUGCGAGGAUACCUAGAUUACACAAGAUAUGGGCGGAUAGCCAAACUUAGAGCUACAGAGAAGUUCUUUGACAAGCUUAAGAUCAAAGUUGAAGAGAUGAAAAAAGAGGAAACACGCAUCCAGAAGGAAAAAGAAGAGGAAGAAAACAGAAGGAAAGAAGAGCUAGAAAGGUUACUCAGGCAAGAGACCAUUGAAAGCAACGUUCAAAAGAUGAAAGAUUCGAGGAAAUUUGGUGAAAGAAGGCAAGGAGCUGAGGAAUGAACCCUCAUUGCGGCCUUUAAGAAGGGAAAAGGAAGGGACCGCAAUGAUAUCAUUAAUAUUACCACAAACUCGAGAAGGAAAAGCCAUGCUAAGGAAUGGAAUGACUCUACUUCAGGGAUCUCAGCUGCAAAAAUGAUGAGAAACAGUCGUCACAAAAGGCAAUCUUUCCUAGUUGGCUCAAUUGGAGUUGAGAGACAAUCUUUGAUUCAAAAGCAAGCAACUGAGUUUAUGAGGAGAAAUGGCGAUAAAACCUCUCCUAAUUAUAAUAGUACUAGUAAGAGAGGAGCUCGCAAAUCUGGAUGCAAACAAACUCCUCGGAAAGUCAUGGGGUCCAGGUCAAGGAGGACGAGCAAAUAAUACUUCAAAGUACAAGAGAGCACCAAGUGAUGAGACUAACUCUUUGAUCCAUCACCAUAGUAGCAGCCUAGUGCAACAAGAAAUCAAAGAUGCAUCAAUAUGAGAUUGUACUGAAAGUCCUAAAGGAUCUAUAUACGAAGACAAAGAUUUUAUUGGAGAGACCGAUAAUGAUGUUGACAACUCAUUCGAUAUUAACAAAAGCUUAGUAAUUAAAGAAGCAGAUGAAGAAGAUGAUCCUAUUGUGCUAAUAGAGCAAGAUUAA